CUCGGUGCUCGCGGUGCUCAGACAGGAAACCGACGGCCCGGUAACGGUCGGUAACGGACAGUACACGGUCGGUAACGGUCGGUAACGGACAGUAACGGUCGGUACGGACAGUAACGGUCGGUAACGGACAGUAACGGUCGUAAAGGAUAGUAACGGAUAUUAACGGACAUUAACGGACAAUAACCGUCGGAUGAUGGAGCUGCUUCGGCUCGGCGGUCAUGUGACUCUGUGGCAGACCCUCAGCCUGCAGGAGGUCUGAGGUGGGGUGCAUGAUGGGAGAUGGAGUCCCCCUGCAGACGGAGGGGAACGCCCUCCUGAAGGCGGUGUUCCAGGGGAAGCUGCGUCUGACCCGCCUGCUGCUGGAAGGCGGCGCCUACAUCAACGAGGGCAACGACCGCGGGGAGACCCCGGUCUGCGCCGCCUGCCUCGCGGCCUACGAGGACCCGCUGGCCCGGCAGAGGAUGGUCCGCUACCUGCUGGAGAAGGGCGCCGACCCCAACAUCCCGGACAAGUGCGGCCGCACGGCGCUGAUCCAUGCCUGCGCGGAGCGGGCGGGCCGGGAGGUGGUCUCGCUGCUGCUGGAGAACGGGGCGGACCCCAGCCUCAAGGACUACUCCGGCUCCUCUGCUCUGGUCCAUGCCAUCAACAAGGGGGACCGGGACACCCUGCAGGUCCUGCUGGACGCCUGCAAGGCCAAAGGGAAAGAAGUGAUAAUCAUCACCUCCGACACGUCUCCGUCCGGCACCAAGAAGACCAAGCAGUACCUGAACGCCCCCCCCUCCCCUGCCAUCGUGGACAAGCUGGCUCCAGACUGCAUGUCCCCCUCCGACGUGGAGAUCCGGACCUCCUCGCCGGCCGGAGACCAGGACGGGAUCUUUAGCUUCGCGCUGACCACGGCUCUGCCGCUGCCCUCAGCCAGACCCCCGGGAGACAAGAGGCCGCCCCCCCGCAAGCUGCUGAAGAGGCUGAACUCGGAGCCCUGGGGUCUGGUGGCCCCCUCGGUGCUGGUUCCUACGGGGGACGGGGGUCUGGUGGCCGCCUCAGUCCUGGUUCCUCCGAGGGACGGGGGUCUUGAGGAUGGGGGCUGCAGCAGCACCAUAUUCCAGAUGAACGGCUUGUCUCUCACAGACCCGGUCAGACCGCGGUUGUCCCGGCGACACAGCAUCGAGACCCACGACCCCUGUUCCCCAAAACUGAUGGACCGGUCCGUCUCGGAGGACUACGCCCCCCUCUCCGGGGCCUCCUGGGCCGACAAGGUCCAGCAGCACCAGAUCCUGUACCGCAGGAACACGGCCCCGGAGACCCAGGAGAACGUUGGGGGUCCAGGAGGGGCCCGGGCUCUGAUCCACCCCAAACUGACCCGCAUGGAGCACUACGAGUCCGACACCCACCUCUGCCCGGAGUCCAGUCCCGGGUCUCCGGACUCGGGCCGGGUGUCGGUGGAUCGGCGGCGCUUCAACGCGUCCCCCUUGUCUCUGCUGUCCCCCAGGGAGUCACUGGAGAACAUCCCCAGCUCCGUGUCCCCCGUCCUGCGCCGCCGGGGGCUCCUGGAGCGCCGGGGGUCCGGGACCCUCCUGCUGGACCACAUCUCCCACACCAGGCCCGGCUUCCUGCCCCCCCUUAACAUCAACCCUCAGAGACCCAUCCCUGACAUCCGGGCCAAUGGUAAACCCACCUCCCCGGUCCACGCUGGGCCCAAGAUUCUGGUCCCUGUGGCCCCCGCCUCCCCCAAACGGGGUCCGGACUUCAAGAUGAAGAAGAAGCUGAUGCGGAGGCACUCGAUGCAGACCGAGCAGAUGAAGCAGCUCUCCACCUUCCAGGAGGUCCUGGCGGAGAGGGUCCUCGAGUCCAGCGGGGACUGAGGAGGGGCAAAUCAUUGGGUAGACUGUAAGGGGGGGUUUACUGUAAACCUGCUUCAUCAUAUCAUCACCAUCUGAACCGAGAGGGGGGGAGGGGGCCGCACCCACCAGGACCCCCUCUGAGGCCUCAGUCAGGACUAAAGACAACCAGACACUUUCAGUCCAGACUAAAGACCACCAGACUCUCUCAGUCAAGACUAAAGACCACCAGACCCACUCAGUCCAGAAUAAAGACCACCAGAUCCUUUCAGUCCAGACUAAAGACCACCAGAUCCUUUCAGUCCAGACUAAAGACCACCGGACACUUUCAGUCCAGACCAAAGACCAACGGACGCUCUUAGUCCAAAUUAAAGACCACCGGACACUUUCAGUCCAGACUAAAGACCACCAGACCCACUCAGUCCAAAUUAAAGACCACCAGAUCCUUUCAGUCCAGACUAAAGACCACCAGAUCCUUUCAGUCCAGACUAAAGACCACCGGACACUUUCAGUCCAGACCAAAGACCAACGGACGCUCUUAGUCCAAAUUAAAGACCACCAGACCCUUUCAGUCCAGACUAAAGACCACCAGACCCUUUCAGUCCAGACUAAAGACCACCAAACCCUUUCAGUCCAGACUAAAGACCUGUAGGUCUCUGAGGAGCCUCUCCUCUCAUGUUUUUGACUCAGUUUACAACUUCAAUCCCUUGCAGACUGAAACCUGGUCUAUGUUUACUGAUGCACACUUUGCACUGAGGUCUGUUUCUGUCAGCGGAGGAACCUGAAGCAGGACUGAUGAAGGUGGACUCUGACGUCAUGUUUAUAAUCCCUGUCCUGCAGGAUGUGGUCUCGUGUGGACCUGCUGCGCUGUACUUCCAGUAACUACACACAUAUAAUCGCUGUGUUUCUGUGAGUUUUUAUUUACUGACCAGGUUCUGGAUCUGAUCCGGGUUUAGAUGAAACCUGGUUUUCUUGUUUAUGAAACUCCAAAGACGUUGUGUGGACAGUUUGAACCAAAACCUGCUGACUGUAAAUACUGUAAAGACCUGCAAUAGAGCCAGGACCACCACCCUGAAGUCCUACUUCCUGUCCCUGCAGAGACCCUCAUCUCAGUGAGACCAGCAGAGUGCUAGCUUAGCUUAGCAUGAACCUCAACAACAGGGAGACGGCCUCUCAGACCGAGACCUGCUGCAGAUCUGCAGAUGGCUCAGGUUUGCCGUCCCUUUAAGGACUGCUCUCCACAGAAACCUGCCACAGAUCCUGAGUGCUAGCUGCUAACAUGCUAACAGGUUAAAGGGACCUGAAUGAAGGAUGAUAUUUAAAGAAGUAUCUAAUAAGCUAACUACAGAUAGCCACAGAUAGCCACAGAUAGCUACCACAGAUAGCUACAGAUAGCCACAGAUAACCACAGAUAACUACAGAUAGCCACAGAUAGCUAGAGAUAGCCACAGAUAGCCACAUAUAGCUACCACAGAUAGCUACAGAUAGCCACAGAUAACUACAGAUAGCCACAGAUAGCUAGAGAUAGCCACAGAUAGCCACAGAUAGCCACAUAUAGCUACCACAGAUAGCUACAGAUAGCCACAGAUAGCUACAGAUAGCCACAGAUAACCACAGAUAACUACAGAUAGCCACAGAUAACUACAGAUAGCCACAGAUAGCUAGAGAUAGCCACAGAUAACUACAGAUAACUACAGAUAGCCACAGAUAGCUAGAGAUAGCCACAGAUAGCCACAUAUAGCUACCACAGAUAGCUACAGAUAGCCACAGAUAGCCACAGAUAGCUACCACAGAUAGCUACAGAUAGCCACAGAUAACCACAGAUAACUACAGAUAGCCACAGAUAGCUAGAGAUAGCCACAGAUAGCCACAUAUAGCUACCACAGAUAGCUACAGAUAGCCACAGAUAACUACAGAUAGCCACAGAUAGCUAGAGAUAGCCACAGAUAGCCACAUAUAGCUACCACAGAUAGCUACAGAUAGCCACAGAUAGCCACAGAUAGCUACCACAGAUAGCUACAGAUAGCCACAGAUAACCACAGAUAACUACAGAUAGCCACAGAUAGCUAGAGAUAGCCACAGAUAGCCACAUAUAGCUACCACAGAUAGCUACAGAUAGCCACAGAUAACUACAGAUAGCCACAGAUAGCUAGAGAUAGCCACAGAUAGCCACAGAUAGCCACAUAUAGCUACCACAGAUAGCUACAGAUAGCCACAGAUAGCUACAGAUAGCCACAGAUAACCACAGAUAACUACAGAUAGCCACAGAUAACUACAGAUAGCCACAGAUAGCUAGAGAUAGCCACAGAUAACUACAGAUAACUACAGAUAGCCACAGAUAGCUACAGAUAGCCACAGAUUGCUACAGAUAACUACAGAUACAGAUAACCACAGAUAGCCACAGAUAACCACAGAUAGCUACAGAUAACUACAGAUACAGAUAAACACAGAUAGCCACAGAUAACUACAGAUACAGAUAUACACAGAUAGCUACAGAUAGCCACAAAUAACUACAGAUACAGAUAAACACAGAUAGCUACAGAUAGCCACAGAUAAUUACAGAUAACUACAGAUAUAGAUAACCACAGAUAGCCACAGAUAACUACAGAUAUAGAUAACCACAGAUAGCCACAGAUAACUACAGAUAUAGAUAAUCACAGAUAGCUACAGAUAGCCACAAAUAACUACAGAUACAGAUAAACACAGAUAGCUACAGAUAGCUACAUAUAGCCAGGAUAGCAGUAAAUGGGACAGGGUUAGGGUUCUCUACAUGCAGAGAUGAAAACACGUUAAACUCUGUUUUUGUAAAGUUUAUCUGAAACGAGCGUCUCUGAAUCUUUGAUUGUUUAUAAAGUUUGACUGCGACUGAAAUGUUUUUAAGAAGCUUCCUGUUGACACUUUGAACAGAGGAGAAAACGUUUGUGCCAUUAAGAUGUGAAGGACUGUUUACACUGGAUUCAGUUUUAUCCAAACUGAGUUAAACCAGUUUAGCUGGAAUAAAUUAGAAUAAAAUGGUAUAUCUUGGUUUGAACCGCAUUCAACUGAUUUAACCAGGAUUAAACUGGUUCUAUUUUAAUUAAACCAGUUAUAAAUGGAGUAAAUUGGAAUAGGAUGGUUUAACUGGAUUGAACCUGAUUAAACUGGUUUAAACUGGAUGAAACCAGAUUAAACUGGUUCAGACUGCAUUCUACACGUUUACAGUUUUAAACUGGAUGAAACCAGAUUGAAUGGUUUGGAAUGGUUGAGGUGAUGGAGCUUGUUGUACGUAGAUACUUGAAGUUUAAAAUAAAUGAGAGUAUUUUUGUAAGCCUGUUAGCAGAUAGAAACGUCUCUGAUGAAUCUGUGAUAUAUUUUUCUUCUUUUACUCUGUUUCUGAAAAUGUGGAAUAAAAACAUGAUUCAUGAAACCUC